UACGUGUAAACAUUAUUGACCAAUCACAUUUCGCCAACUGUACCGGGUCCGAGAGAAACACGAGUUUCUGGAUGUGAAAAUAAAACCAGGAAGGCGUAGGCUCCAUCUUGUGUAUUCGUCAGUCCAGAUUGUGAGACUGAACGAGACAAACUUUCACCUGCCCUUAGCUGUAGCACAAGGGUUUUAAAAAGUCGUUGGAGACUUGUGAGCAGAAACGAGCAAAUAUGAUUGGAUCUCACCGUUAUACUGUUUUGCUGUUGGGGUUGGCGGCGAUAGCGGCUGUCAGUAUGGCCAAAAAGAAAGAUGAACGGGAAUGUGAAGUUUGUAUCGGUGCAAUAAAGAAAUUCAAAGCUGACCUCACGGAUGAUGUGAUCAGCAAGGUAGACAAGCUGGAGGCAGCCUUCAAAAAAUUCUGUAAAAAAUUGCCCAAAGGUGGAAAGGAAAACAGAUUCUGCUAUUUUGUUGGCGGUACCGAAGACGCGGCCACAGGUAUCCUUGGCAACCUGGUGCGACCCCUCAGCUACCACCUGCCGCCCGAGAAAAUCUGCGAGAAACUCAAGGCCAUGGAUGCUCAGAUCUGUGAGCUGAGAUACGACGUGAAGCCGGACUUCACCAAGCUGAACAAGAUGCGCGUGGGCGAGCUGAAGAAGAUCCUGUCCAACUGGGGGGAGGACAACGCCUGCAAGGGCUGCGCCGAGAAGUCGGACUUUGUGAAGAAGGUGCGGGAGCUGCUGCCCAAGUACGAGCCCGAGGAGUGGAAGAAGCUGCAGGCGGCCGAGAAGACCGAGUUGUGAUGUCGGCCCGGUGGUGUAGUGUUGUAGACCCUAGGAGUUUUUUUGUUUUGUUUUGUUGUUGUUGGUUUUGUUUUUAAUUUUAUUUCGCACCCUCGUGCGUGCUAGUUGUUUUGUUGGUCACAUAUUCAUGUGGACUCACACAUACAUGCGCACACACAUGCACACACACGCACUCGCAGACACAUACACACACACACACACACGGACUCGCAGACACAUACACACACAUUGACAUACACACAUGCACGCGAGCACGCUCACCUGUUGCUUGAGGCAUUUGAAAGUUGUCUGUUGUGCCUCUAUCAAGUCGAGUAGACUCUGAGCCUAGUUAUGAUGGCGGGCUUACCUCACAUGUCAGGGUUUGGGGUUCGAUUCUGGUGUGAAAUGCCAGUCUCCCUUUUAUCCUCCGACUCCCUGAACCUUUUUUUAACUACUACGGGGAAAAAAUGCCAGGGAGAAAGGUGCUGUAUUUUCUGCAUUCUUACAUGGGGCACAAGUUGUGUCGCUGUAUUCUGGUAGGAAGUCGCGAAUCGAAAAAAGAAUACGUGGUAUGAUUUUUAAAAGUCUGUUAGCUUGUUUUGUUUUUUUAUUCUUUUGUCUCCGUCUGCUGAGGUUUUCACUGUUGUGAUAUUUUUUUGAUUAUUCAUCAGCAUUGACGCUUAUCCAUGCUUCUGGGGCCGGGAGGUUUUUUUCAUUUUAUAUAAUUUUCAGGGUGGUUUUUUUUUUUUUUGCUUAAAAAAAAAAAUCAUUUUUGUCACUUGUUACAGAAUGACUUGUGGCUGUCUGAUCCAUCUCCAAACGUCAUGAAUGUUUGCAUCAUGUCAUUCUCAUCUGAACUGUUCUAGACUUUUGCGUGUAAUAAAUGAGGUAGUAGUGUUUGCAGUGUGUGCUUUGGAGAACAGGCAUUUAGAAAAGUUUAUAUGUGUGUGUGUGUGUGUGUGAUUUGGAGAAGCAUUUAGAAAAGUUUGUGUGUGUGUGUGGAGUUUUAACUUAUUCUAAAUGAAUGAAAGUUCUUGAAGAUUAUUGAAGUAUAGAAAUGUGUCCCUGAUGGUUUAAUUUUAUACACAUGUGUUGUUAAAAAUCCUGACUUGGAUCCUAGCUGAAGGAUAUGAGAUUAAUGAACAUGUGCGUAUAUCAUGUGUGUUUGAAAUGUCCAUUUUGCGACUCUCCACGUUUGUUGAUUGGUAGCCUCGGUUUUUCUGGCUAGCCGUCUCUAUGUGCUGAAGUCUCUAUGUAUUAUUUGACACAUUGCUGAAAGGAGUCUGUAUAUUUGAUACAUUGUGCUAAAAGAAGUCUGUAUAUUUCAAAAUAUUUGACACAUUGCGCUGACUAUCUUUGUUGACUCAGUGUGUGUUUGGGAGAUGGGAGAGCUUGAGAAGAGUGGAGGUGCUACUGUAUGUUCCUCUGUCGGGACAUUUUUGCUGACGGUAUUUCUGCCCGAGUGCUCGCGGGGCCUCUGUCGGUGAGUUUGCUGGGGUUUUUAAAUAUUUGCAAAGAUGUGAAUCCAAUUCCCGAGUAGGGUACUUAUUUUAUCAAAUGUCUCCUCCUUGGAAGCUGAACAAGCUGCUUGGCCUUGACCAGGCUGGGGCAGCCACAUCCCCCCCACCCCCACCCCCCCAAUUUGUGUAUGUGGACAUGUGCCGGCAUCACUUUCUGAGUGUGGAUGCGAGAAGUGUAGGCUAGAAGUAAUUGAAGUAUGAUGACUUGAUGAAUGAUGUCAUUAUGGUGUGUGAGGAUCUCCAGGAACACAUGCUGGGUUCAGAUUGCGUUGAAAGGGGCGUAAAACAUAUCUACAAUUGCAUUACAUAAGAUUGUUGGAGGGUGCAGAAAGUUAUUUGGCGAAUUUUGUGAGAGACAUACCUCUAGAACUUUUUUUAAUCUGAAGUGAAAUAGACCUAGAAAAUAACUUGAUUUUCUAUCGCUAUCGAUGUUUUGUAAAAUAUGGAGAUUUGAUGAGAAAAUGUGUGGGAAAUUUGUGAUCUGGAUGAUUCUGCUAUUAUCGUACUAUUGAUGUUUUAUGAAAUGUAGAGAGAGAGAGAGAUGCUUGACGAUGUUGCUUUGUGUGUGUGGAGAGCUGAGGGAAGUUGUGACUGUGAAUGUGAAACUGGGAGGUGGCUGCGCACAAGGGCAUGCCCACGGCAUCUUUGUCUGGCCGAGUACGUUGAAUAAAAACUGUUGAAACCUCACCUGAA